GGCACAGAUACCCAAUGUGUUGUCCCAGGACUGAUGUGUGGCACGGUGUACAAUGUCUGGGUCAAGGCCUUGGGAUGGCAGUACAACAGCUCUGACAGCACAGUGGUGUCUCUUACAUCAGCUCCAUGUCUGCCCAGAGAGGUAGAGGCAAAGGUUGACUGUAACUCCGAUGGUGCUGCUGUUGUGUCCUGGAAUGCUACUUAUGGCGCAGCAAACUUUUCCCUGACAGCCAUUGUCAGUGGAAGUCCUCAGACUCUGUGUGCAACUCAGCAGAACAGAUGUAAUGUGACAGGUUUAAGUUGUGGGGAAACCUACAACCUCAGCUUCACCGCCAGCAACACACAGUGCAGCCUUACAGCACAGAUGCACGCCAACCUCACCACACGUCCUUGUCCACCUCAGCGUGUGGCUGUCGACCUGCAGUGUGGCUCCCACACCGCAGUCUUGUCCUGGGAGGAGAGGUCUGAUGUUGAAUUCUACGUAGCAAGGGCCAUCAAGACAUCAGGAGGGGAGGUGAAGACAUGUAACUCUACAGGCUCUACCUGUCCGUUUGCCAGCCUGGACUGUGGAGAGACGUACAACUUUACUGUAACAGCACAUAGUCAAGGCUGCCGGAGCCAGGCCAGUACCACUGUGUUCAUCCAAACAGAGCCGUGUACACCCAGGCAGCUGGUGGUUGACGCCACCUGUGACCAAGGUGCGCUGGUGUCCUGGAGCCCCUCUCCUGGAGCUGAAACCUACCAUGUUGUCGCUAUGGGUGUAAAUGGACAAGUGCAUACUUGCAACACCACCUCCAGUAACUGCAGCAUAUCAGAGCUCCGCUGUGGCCAGAAGUAUACAGUGUUUGUGACUGCAAGCCACAAGAACUGCUCCAGCGAGGCCAGUGAAAAUGCCACACUCAACACAGGUCCCUGCCAGCCUGAUGGCCUCUCGGUUACUUUCCACUGUAAAAAUCAGUCAGCACAGCUGUCAUGGACGCCCAGAGAUAACGCUGUAGACUACUAUGGCUGUGCCCAGGCUGGAAAUGGACACAUGCUGUACUGUCACAGCAGAAAUCCCACGUGCACCAUCCAAGAUCUCGAAUGUGGAACGCUUUACAAUUUCUCUGUCCGGGCCUCAGAUGGGACAUGCAACAGCUCCUUUAGUGACCCCGUGCAGAGUGGAGCAGCUCCCUGUCCUCCAGACACUGUUAAGGUGAAGCUGAUGCCGAUGCAGACGGAGAUCCAGGUGUUGCGCUUCUCCUGGACAGAGGUCACCUAUAGAGACACAGAGUAUAUCCUGAAGUUAACAGGACGUCUGCUGGGAGACAGCCAGGCCCAGUUUGAUCUCUCAUCCUAUUGGACCAGCACAACAUACUUUGAGAUUCCUCUCCCCUGCGGUUCAGCCUACUCUGCUACAGUGGAGAGCAGGAAGGCUGCCAGUACCAGCAACCCAUCUGUGCCUCUCAAUGAUACAACAGCUCCUUGUCCACCAUCAGGAGUGGCGUACAGUGGUAACAGCUCCCUUGCCACAGUUUCGUGGAACACGUCCAUGUUUGCCACCACAUUCAGGGUGUACGACAACAGUGUGAAGCCAAAAGCCCAGCUGUGCAGAACUGCAGGGCUGUCCUGCUCUCUGACCAACAUCACUUCCACUAACAUUGUGAUCACAGCUGGCAACACAGCUGGAGAAAGUGAAGCGACAAGGGUGCCGAUUGUGGUAACUAAUCGCAGGAGGAGAGAUCUCAGUGUACAAAGGCCAAAGAAUGGAGGCCUCUCAGCUCCCGUGCUGGAUGUCAAACAAACAAUGUCAACAGUCAUUUUGGUUGAGUGGUCUCAAAUAGAUACUGCUUCCCAUUACAGUCUGAAGAUCAGGAAGCAAGGCAGCUCCAGUGAGCCUGAGGAGAUAACGGUGUACGGCGAGAGCACCAUUCUCACUGAUCUGAGCCCAAACUCCAUCUACUGUAUCCGUGUGUCGGCCAGAAACUCGGCCACUAGUGGACCGGAGUCAGAGCCUGUGUGUGUGCAAAUAGGAGAGGACCUUCCCCAAUAGGAAAACACUUGCAUAGAGGUCUGCACAUGUCUCCUGAUUAAAAUGUGGUGGUCUUACUGUAAAAGUGGCAGCUCUUUUGACAUUUAAGAAUGACAGAUCAUUUCCCAGUUAGCUGGUAGAACAUACUGUAGAGAAAACCAUGCUAAUUCCUGAUAUUUACAUUUCUGUUGGCUUACCAUAAACUGCACAAGUAUUUGUUUGUUUUAUUGUUUA